AUGAGCAACGCACAACAACAUAGGCAAACAACAUCAUCUACAUCUACAUCAACAUCAACACAACCAACAACAGAUAAUGAUGAUGGUGAUGAUUACUUGACAGAUGAUGAUAGUUCAGCAUCAGACAAUGAUGUUGUAGGUCAAUCAAACAACAACAACAUUACACCACGUAGCAAUAACAACAACAACAACAUGAUCAUUGAUGAUACCCAAGAAGUAGAAGGCCAAGAUAAAACAGAUACAAUGAAAUUGCUUGGUGUAGUUAGUGCGCUGUUGGACCAGCCUACUCUGGAUCGUUUAUCAUCACAAGUCAAGGAUGAGGAGGCAUUCUACAACAAUCUUCAUGACAUGAUUGUUGACGACGAUGGCGUACUCCAUCAAUCAUUCGACGAUGUAUAUUGGGAGUUGGUACAUUCCCUGAUCGUAGCACUUGGUUCGUCCUCCAGUGAUUGGAGCAUGCUCACACCCAAUCACAUCAACCCUGUCUGCUCUGUAAUACUAAAGAUACUAGGUUGGAUAUCAUUGAAUGGCAGCGCAAGGGAGUUCCUGCUUGUGGUCGAGGAGCUACACUCAUCAUCAUUCUUUGAAGUCUCCUUCUUCACCAAAAUGACCUUGAUCUCAUUGAUUGAGAAUGCGCUCACAAGGAUAUCGGUGGAGAAGAGAUAUAACUUUAUGAAGUCAUUGUUACCGUUGGUGCUGUCUGUUGUGCAGGACGAGUCAAAGAAGCAACAGACUGCCGCUGCGGCUGCCCAAGAUGCACAGGCUUUGAAAUCAUUGGCAAGCUUAUCAACUAGUAGUGAUGCUGAUGACGAAGAUGGUGAUGAUGAUGGCCAGGCCCAGACUCAGACCCCAUCAGGUGUGAACAUCGUUGGACAAGCCAAUGAGGAGGAGCUUCAACAGAGGAACACACCAAACGAUCUUAAAUGGGAGUAUCCACUCUCUUGUAUUAUAGCGUUCUUUGAGGGCUUCAUUGCCGACCUGAAGAUCCAGGAGCCCAUCGAAGCACAGGCCAACAAUGCCACGCCAUCAGAGAUUACCAAGCAGCAACAUCUCAUCCUCCAAACACUGAUACAACUAGUCAGCACUGACAUUGUACUCAAUCCGCCCCAGCCACUCCUAUUCAAUGGACUGCCAAUCUUUGUUACCAUAAGUGACAUGCUGGCACAACUUGGUGUAUCAUUCAGCUAUCUGUUAAAGACGGAUCAACGCUUCAGGGAGAAGAGAAGAGAGUUGGAGUUGGAGGACAUGUAUUUCGAUCAGGGUUUGGAUGAGGAGGACUUGAUUGAGCCUGGCGAAGAGCAACAACCAAAGACUCAACAAUCGAGUAGUAGGUCCAAGUCAACAGUUGCAACUUCAAGUGAUGAUGAGGAUGAGGAGGAUGACGAUGAAGACUAUGAAGAUGAUGAGGAUGACUUGGACAACGUAGAGGAGAUGAUGUGGGAUCUCGAACUACCUUACACAGGAAUUGGAUAUAUAUUGUACAAUCUAUUGUUGCGACCGACGGAAAACUACCGACUCUCAUCAAUCCUAUCGCCAGUCUCACUGCUCAAGGAUAACCUACCCUAUCUCAUUGCAUUGUUACAGAGCGAAUCAUAUCGAGCUGGAUUCAAAGCCAUUCAAAUCAUAUCAUUCUUACAUAAGCGUAUCAAGCCAUGUGGUAUUGAUAUACCACAGGAGUACUUGUCAUCUGGUGAGGGCGCCGAGCAGCAUGGGGACGCUACAUCACCACGCGAGAAGUGGCUGAUAGACACACCUCCAACAAUGGUCGAGGAUUGUCAUCACUUCUUGCAACUGUUCCAAUCGAUGGUGUCGUUCUUGGUCAAGUGCCCUGUGCAAAAGAUCCGCUCGUUUGCAUUCAAUCAGCUGACACUGUCAAUGGCCACGCUGUCGGCACAGACCCGCUUCAAUCUGCUGGCCACACUCAUACGCCAUUGCGCAUUCCCCUCGUUCACCGGCCUGCUGAUUCACAUCUUCAAGGAGCAGAUCGAUGCCUGCUGGCUCACGACCGACACGGACCUGCGCAACUACUUUGUCUCGCCCAAGAUCCUCGAGAUACUUUACAUUCCAAUGCAGGUUGGCGGCAACCUGCUGGAGCGCAUGGACUCGAUCAUGAACGCGCUCAACCUCUACCGCUACCUAUUGAUCCGUGACAAGGACAGCAACUCUACCGGCGUCUGGGCCAAGUCCAAGAUCGCUGGCGCCAAGGAGUCGUUCCUGUUGCCACUCAAGGCUGAGCUGGGCAAGAUAAAGCAGGAGUUUGCGAGCAGUGCCAGUGGCGACCAGGCAGCCAUCAAGAAGGCACUCAAGGGUGUGUCCAAACUUGGAGUGGACAGCAUGGACAGCGCAGAGAUUCAACGUGCCAGUCAGAUUGUCUGUUGCCACAUCGAACUUGCAACAGACGUAGUCGACAGGAUAUUCGAGCUUCAAGAUAGUUUGAAAGUGGAUGAUUGA